UCCGUCAACUCCAAACUCACCGUAGACUACUACAAAAAAUCAUGCCCCAGGUUCGAGGAAAUUGUCCGGCAAGUCGUCACAGAUAAGCAGAUGCAGGCACCUACAACCGCCGCCGGCGUCGUCCGCCUUUUCUUCCACGAUUGCAUGGUUGAAAGUUGCGAUGCCUCCAUCCUCAUUGCAUCCACCCACAACAGAAAAGCCGAGCGCGACCAUGACAUCAACCUCUCUCUCCCCGGCGAUGCCUUUGACGUCAUCACCCGCAUCAAGACCGCCCUCGAGCUCGAAUGUCCCGGCAUUGUUUCCUGCUCAGACAUUAUUGCCAUUGCAACGAGAAACUUGGUCGUCAUGGUGGGUGGACCUCACUACGAGGUUCGAUUUGGGCGGAAAGACGGCACCGUAUCGGACACCAGCCGGGUAGACGCCAGCCUCGCUAAAACCACCACACCAAUUGACCAAAUCAUCACCAUGUUCGGGGAAAAAGGGCUUUCGGUGCAAGAACUUGUUGCCCUCCUCGGGGCUCACACAAUUGGAUUCACGCAUUGCAAGGAGUUCGCUAAAAGAAUUUAUAAUUUCAGCCCUACGUCGCAGAACGACCCGCAAAUGGAUCCGGAAUACGCAGAGGCCUUGAGGAAACUGUGCAUGAACCACACGAUGGUGCCGCAAAUGUCAGCGUUCAACGACGUGUUCACCCCGGGAAAGUUUGAUAACAUGUAUUAUAAGAAUCUGAGGAGGCGAAUGGCGCUGCUUCAGUCAGAUCAGGCGGUGGCGACAGACAAGAGGACGAGGCCGUUUGUGGACUUGUACGCGGCUAAUCAAACAGCAUUCUUCGAGGCCUUUGGUCGAGCAAUGCAGAAGGUUAGUAUUUUGGGAGUGAAGACGGGCAGGAAAGGAGAGGUGCGACGCAGAUGUGAUCAGUUUAACAAUUUCCAUCCCUGAAAAAGAGAAAGGAACCAGAUAUCGAUGCUGCGUUUUAAUGGGGGAUUCUUUUUUUAUUUUAAAUUUUAUAAUUAAAUUCUUUUUUGGUGCAUGAGUUAACCACUG